AUGUCGUCUGCCAUCCCCAUCAGCGUCCCCAUGCCCCACAAUGUCGUGGCCGCCUCCACCUCCCCCAUCAACUCGAGCAGCAUCCACGAGCGCAUGCUUUUCCACAAAGACUCCGUCAGCUUCCCCAUCCGCCGGCCGAAGGCCCUUCACCCUACCGACAACGAGGAGCUCCGUCUGCUCCUGCUCGAGAACAUCAGCCAAGACGCCGUCAAAGCAUUCCGCGCGCUGGGCUUCCAUGUAGACCACUCUGCCAAGGCCAUGACCGAGGACGAGCUCGUCGAGAAGAUCGGCUCGUACCACGCCAUUGGCAUCCGUAGCAAGACCAAGAUCGCCGCACGCGUCCUCAAGGCCGCGUCGAAACUCCUCGUCAUUGGGUGCUUCUGCAUCGGAACCAACCAGGUCGACCUUCUCAGCGCUGCGAAAUCGGGCAUUCCAGUCUUUAACUCCCCGUUCUCAAACUCCCGAUCUGUCGCGGAGCUGGUCAUGUCCGAGGUCGUCGCCCUCGCGCGCCAGUACUUCCAGCGCGCGUUCGAGAUGCGCGACGGCGUGUGGAACAAGCAAUCCAAGGGCUGCUGGGAGGUCCGCGGCAAGACCCUCGGCAUUGUCGGGUACGGCCACAUAGGCUCGCAGCUGUCUGUCCUCGCGGAAGCGUUCGCCAUGCGAGUCGUCUACUACGACGUCAUCAACCUCAUGCCUCUUGGAUCCGCGCGCCAGGUUGACUCCCUCGACACUCUUCUUGCCGAGGCGGACUUCGUCACACUGCAUGUCCCUGAGCUCCCGGAGACGAUGAACAUCAUUUCCACCGAGCAGCUCGCGGUGAUGAAGAAAGGCUCCUACCUCAUCAACAAUGCGCGCGGCAAGUGCGUCGACAUCCCCGCUCUCGUCAACGCCCUCAAGAGUGGCCACCUCGCGGGCGCAGCCCUUGACGUGUACCCCGCAGAACCCGGCUCCAAUGGUGCACCCUUCGACGACCAACUCAACGCGUGGUCAAGCACCCUGCGUUCCAUUCCGAACGUCAUCCUCACCCCGCAUAUCGGAGGUUCCACCGAGGAGGCACAGCGCAUGAUCGGCGACGAGGUGUCGGCGGCACUCAUCCGCUACCUGAACUACGGUUCCACCGUUGGUGCUGUCAACUUCCCUGAGGUGGACCUCCGGGCGAUCACCCAAGAGGAGCCGAACCAUGUACGCGUAUGCUACGUGCACAACAACAUCCCAGGCGUGCUUCGUCAGGUGAACGAGGUUCUGUCGACCCACAACGUUGAGAAGCAGUACUCGGACUCCAAGGGGGACAUUGCCUACCUCAUGGCCGACAUCGCAGGCGUCAGCCAGUCAGAUGUGAACGCUCUCAAGGAGUCCAUCAGCAAGACCUCCGCCAACAUCCUCACUCGUCUCCUGGCAUAG